UCCUGGAUCACUCGUUUGCACCGAGUCUCCUCGUCGUCUGGAGGGGAUAUCUAUAUAGGCUGUCCAGUCUGAGUGUGCCCCUUCAAACUGUUCGCGAUCCUAAGCCCGUGCACGACACCUUGAUUUGUUCGAAUUUUUCAACGCAUCGCUCGAUAUUCGCUCGCGGUUCGAAUCUUCUUCUUCCUCUUCUUUCGAAAAAGAAACGGAGGAAUUAAACUGGAGGAAGAGAAAAAGGAGAAGAGAAAGAGUGGUGAAAUAUAGGAAGGGGCAUGGCUCGAUCGUGGUGCAUUGUGAGAGAGUGCAAUUGAGACGAACAAUAAGCAGCGAAACGUUAGAGACGAGUUUAGUAGCAAGCUUUUCAUCCCGGAGGCGGAAGUCUGCAUUCGUCUCUUGACCGAUUGCUGGGAUUAUCCUGCGCCAUGACGGUGCACAGGCGUCUUACACUGGCGGUAUCGGUCUGUUUGAUCCUAUCGACGAAAUUUGGCACAACUCGAGGCGAAAGAUGGUCGCGACAGGUCUCGAACAGCGAAUGGAUACCAUUGGCGAAUCCUAGGUCGCUGCAAGCUCAAGUCGAGCAAACAGGCCCGUCUACUGGACGCUUGGCGAGCGGGAGCGCGCAGCUGCCUCAACUCCCGCAACUCUCUCUACCGCCAGCCCUUCAACAACAGUACCAAGAACAAUUGUUGCAACUGCAGAAGACUCAGGAAAAUAUACAGAAGCUGUUGCUACUGCAACAACAGCUUAGAGCUCAACAGCAACUUCUUCAGUCUCAAACGUUCGUACCAAGCGGAUUCAGCAAUGCAGGCAACGACGAGGACAAGCAACUGCAUCAAGUCAGAUUGGGAGACUCGCAGGUGGCGGAUCUUGCUUCCGAAGAUCUGGUGCCACCCCUCCCCUUAGCCGAAUCGUUGCCGUCGGUUUUUCCGCCGCAGAACUUUCUCCCUCAACGACCCAACCCAGCCACGAAACAGGACACGAGUUUACCUCAGGAAUUGGCUAAUUUGUCCGGGCAGGAUUUCAAGAACGAGCAGUUGUUGCAACAGAGGCCCAACGUGGGAAAUGUUGGACAGAUCGAGGGGAAUCAAAGGCAAGGCGCGAAACAGAUAAAGGAGCCAAACCAAGUCGGCUUGGUGUCCCAAAGCGAGGGUGGUCAAGACGAGGAGGAAGAGGUGCAAUUAGUUUACGUGCCGGCGGAAACUUUGGCGCAACGAGGCCAGCCUAAGAGAGGGCAUGGAAGGAAGCAGUAUCAUUCUCUGCGUCAGCACAAGCAACCCCAGCAACAGAGCCAAGGCGUGGACGCGAUCGGGCACGACCAGAACGCGUUUGCCCGUCAAAUAUUGCAACAGAUCCAGAUGGAGCGGGAGGAGAAGGCCCAAUUUUUGAAAGAGGAACGGAUGAAGGAGAUCGCGAGAUUAAACGAGGAGCAAAGGGCGCUGGAGCGAAAGGCGCGGCUUCAGCAGGAGGCACUGCAAAGGGAGCAAGAGUUGCAGAGGCAACGGGAAGCGGAGAAGAAGAAGAAAGAGCUGGAGAGGUUGGAAGAGCUGGCCAAGCAACGGGAGUUGGAGAGGAUCCGAGAGGCGAGGGAGAAGCAACGCUUGGAAGAGCUGGAGAGAAGGAGAUUGGCGGAGGUCCGGGCGAAAGAAGAGAAAAGGCGAGCCGAGGAAGCGAAUAGGCAGAGGGAAGCCGAAAGAUUGGCCGCUUUGGAGAGGCAGAAGGAACUGGAGAUCCAACGGCAACGAGAGCGCGAGAGCGAGGAGAGCAGAGUGGAGCAGCCGGAGAAUCGAGACGUCCAAGCUCAAGCUCUUCCUUUAAUCAGAAAUCAAAACCAGCAAUUGCAUCGUCAACAAUUGUCGGAAACGCCUAAACAGGGUAAAAGCAAGACAAGAGGGAGGCAAAGGCAGAGGCCUAAUUUCCAGGAUCAGCAGAGUUAUAGAGAAGCCAGCACGACUCCUUCCCCUAACCAACCCCCUCUCUCGGUGUACAUGGGAAGUCCCAGCUCGAAGACAACCAACGUCAAAGUUUCUGACGUGUUGAGGAUACUGAAGGACGCGAAGACGAUAGCUGUUCUGGACACGGUUGGCCCGGAUACACCUCAAGUAUUCGUGGGCCCAACCAGUUUAGAUCCCCCGCCGGGUUACGCCAAGUUCGAUCUUCCCUACCUGUCGUCCAUCGAUCACAAUCGCGUGGAGAGGAGGGUCGAUAAGUUGCCUUUCUUCGUGGCGCCGCUCAGCUUCGAUCCUCCUACAGGAUAUUCCAAAAUCCCUUUCCCGGCGCCACAUAUAGGAUCGGUGGUGGUGAACACGUUGGAUAACACCUUGGAUCCCACGAAAGACAGAGACGAUCCCAAUCCCAGCCCGACCCCUCUUAUAGAGCCUAAUUCCUAUUUGGACGGUUUGGACGCUGUCUCCGACUCCACUACUCCUUCGUACGAGCCUCAGACGACCAUAACUUAUCCCGAACAACCGUCCAGCACUCCCAAAUACGAGCAAACGUAUUCGACGCCAUCCGUCGGAUAUUCGUCCGGGUCCAGAUUCAGGUUCAGACAAUUUUACGCCGACGGUAAACCCGCUUCCGUAAUCGGUACUUCCUACUACGACGAGCAGAAAGCCGCGACGAGGAAGGACAAGUAUUAUAUCGACGAAGGUUCGAGAACCACGGAGAUUCCCGCGCAAAGUGGCAACGUUGGAUCGGUGGGUCGCGCGGAAGAAGUUUCGUAUUCCACGACGCCCGCUUUCAAAGAGGAAACUAUGGCCGGCCACCAAGAGCCGUCGGAUCAACUGGCGUUAAUUAACGAACAGUUGGCCCAGCAGAGGGAGAAAUACAACAAUGGUGGACAGUACGGCGAGCACAAGGUCUCUGGUGGCCAGGCUGGUAGUUUGAACGGUGAAAUCGCUAGCGGUGACGUUAACGACGUUAGAGAUUCCGUUGGACCAACGCAGUAUAGCUUGCCAGCCGAGCUGCCGGCGAUCUCUCCGCACCUCCCUGGCCUGGUCAACUCACUGUUAGAUAAGAACGAGGCGAAACUCUACACCACGAGCACUACCACCAGCACAACUACGACCACCACUACCACUCAACGUAUACCCACGACCACUUAUAGGCCUCGCAGUAGACAGAGAAGCAGACUAGUUUCCACGAGGCCAAGAACGACGACCGAGACGACUCCAUCGAGCAGAACUAAUGUGGACAGGAAUCGAAGACCGUACAACAGAUCCAGAUCCAGAUUCACGACCACCACGGAGGAGUAUCACGAAUCCGCUUACGAGCCAACUAGAUCCAAAAUUCCAGAGACUACGGUGAGAUAUAACGGGGAGCAUAGGAGGCCGACGAGCAGGACGCACAAAUACAGGAAUCGAGAUAAGAUUAGCCAGCAAUCCGAGGUUCAGAACAAACAGACGCAGCAAACGUACGACACCAUCUCCCACAGCGAUUCGAAUCUCCCGACAUCGAAUGGUUUCCUUCAGCAGACGGGGCCAGACUCGAGUAAUCUUCGUCACUUCGAUUCAUCGUCGAAUCUGAACGACUACACCCCGGAGAAUUAUCCGUCCACCACUGUCAGCACCACCGAGAAUUAUCCAUCUUUCCACGAGGUCACGGUGAAUCACGGUUCCGCUCUAAUUUCGGAAGAUUAUUCAAGAAGUCAAAGUUAUCCCCAACCGAUUCAAGAGCAUUACCGAUCUACCGUGGAACAGGUUGGCAUCGAAAAGAGUCCAGUGAAUGGAUUCAACUAUCAAGCUCAAAGCGGAGAACCGUUGGAUCAAAGAUUACUCGAGAGAACGAAGGAUUAUCAGUUGGACGGGAAAGUAGAGAACGGCUAUGAGGUGUCCACCACCGUUGAUCCAACAAGGUUGAGAACAUCGGAAGAGCAACGUUACUCGUCCGUCUACGACGCGAGCGUGCCGCAGACGCAGCCAGAAUACAGUUUAACUGGACAAGAUAAUCUGCAUCACGCGGAGAACGAGAAGAUUCAAACCGGUGUUAUCGAUAGUAAUCCUAACGAGCAGCCGAUAUUUAUCCCGUUGCCGGAGAAUAAGCAAGAGGAUUACGAGUUAUCGCUCUCCUCCACGGAACUUCCAUUGCUAGACAUAACAACCGACACACCGACGACUAGCACGACUCCUGUGAUAAUUCGACAACGAGUACGAGGACGCAUAGGCACCCGUUUGCAUCACGAGCCCUCGGUUCAGACUCGCAACAAAGGUUCGCAGGACGAGUAUGUUCGUUUCAACGUGGUAAACGAUUCCUCUCGAACGAUAUCGGGCAGACAGAGAACUAGAUCGAGACCUCGUACACCGAGUCACGGAUCACAGGUUCAGACCGAUGGUAACGAGUACAUUAAGAUCCACGCGUUGCAACAGCAAAGGUUAGUCGCCACAACGACACCACCGCCAUCUACCACGACCACUACGGUCAGCUCAACGGAAGAGGACAUCGAUUACGGAUUUAUAAGACCACCGAAUUUCCGACCUGUACAUCCAGUGGACAAUAGAUUCCAGCAAGCGAUCACGUAUCGACCUCAUUUUUCAGAGGUGCCUCAGCAGUCACUGCUACUAAACGAGGACGAAACCGCAUUGGAAUCGAGUCCCCCGCACUCACAGCUGUUGAAAAGUCGUCAAAAGUAUCAGCCAACUCCCAAUCGUCGUCCAUCGACAAAAGCGACAACCGUGCCGCCAUCUACAACGACUAUGGAAACUGUCACUACUACGGAAAAAAUACCUGUUGCCACGGUGCUUCCAGACGACAUGAUAUACACGGUGAAAUCGAAGUCUCGGCCGGACGAGGCGAAAGAGAUCAGAGUGAGAGGUAGAAUUCGUCGACCCGGUAGAAAACGCGUAACCACUACAAGCACAACCGAAUCCGUGUUGGAGGCGCAUAACGAGCUGCCAUUGGACGAAAAUUAUCCGCCGAUACGACCACAAGCCGUAACCACAGAGCAUCAACAGACAGUGUACAACGAUAAUUACAAUAACAACGGAGGAUUCUCCGACGGUGCGCGUAAUCCAACUGGACAACAAUUCUACGAGACCUCUAGCGAGAACUACCCGCCAGAAUUCAUCCUGAACUUCGGUAACGACCCGUCCCAACCAGUUCAACGCGACGAGUACGAUCAGGCGCAGUUGGGCAGCGACGCGGCGAGGAAGUACGGUCAAGCUUCAAGGCCAAGCACGUCGGCCGUCGACAAUCGCCGGACAACGGCGGACAUCUACGGGGCAGAGAGCCAGUGGUCCACGAAACUGACGAGGACCUCGUUCCAGCCGAGUUUCUCGAUCAAUCAGGUGAGCUCGGGGGAGGCCUCGAAGGUUAGCCAAGCUUGGUCCAACGACGGCUCGUCGAAAAACGUCGAUCUGCCGGAGAUAAUCACAGCUCCGCCGGAACCGUCGUCCGUCACGUUGAUCGUCUCCUCGGACGACAAGAGGGUGGAGGAGGAGGAGAAGAAGGAGGAGGAGGAGGAGGACGAGUCGACGUUGAUGGGCACCACGAUGUUCGGUAUGAAAACGCAGGAUCACACGGAGAGGACGAACUCGACGGCGAGCAUCGAUGCAGCGGCGAUGGAAGAAAAAAGAAGCGGGGUUGACGCCGAGACAAUGGAGAAUUCUACGAAGCAAUUGAUGACGAGCAUGGAUUUGGAGAGGGUUGGAUGGAAGAGGGAGAAUUCUACCGGCGUGAAGAAGAUUUCACGGAGGAGGAAAGUGCGCGUUCGAGUGAGGCCGGCCGCCGACGAUUUUGUCACAGCCGAGUCCCAACACUUCAACUCCGCCCUCAACGGCUUGUUCCGUGAUCAGCACAAGUAUGAUCGCCAAUCGAAACCUUUCGCCUCGCCACAGAAAUCCAUCGCACGUCCUUUCAUAACCGACAUUCUGAAGAACGACGAGCCCACCGAGGCGGCGUGGACCGUGCAUCCGACCACCACUACCACGACUACCCCUAUCGAACACGCCGAAGAAACGACAGAGAUUCAGAUCGCCACGAUUCCAACCGCUUCGAAACCCGAAGAGACAACGCGUUUCGAUGAUUUAUUCGUGAAAGUGGCGAAAAAGCCGCAAGAUGCGGGGAAGAUGAAGGAGGAGAAGAAGGAGAGGAAGAAAGAGGUCGAGGGAGAAACGGAGACGUGGGAAUGGUCGAAGAAAUGGAACCAGAAGACCGUCGAAAACGCUGUUAAUUUCGUGGCUGGGAAAUAUAGAGGCAAAGAGAUGGAUGGAAACGAUACAUUGAACGAAUUGUCUCGAGAAUUGGGGGAGAAAUUGGCUGCUAAUCAAAAAGAAGCGAAAAGAAAGAACGAUAUAAUGGAGUCCGCGAGUGAGAGCGGGGAGGAGGGGCGAGAGUUGUUGAGAAACGAGAAUUUCAAUCAUCCGAAGAAUCAUAGAGUUAAAUGGAGCGAGGUAAGGUAUCCGUCCGCGUUCGAGCAGUCGAAAGCUUCCAAUUGGAAGCACGAUUCUGGGAAGACAAAAUCCGGAACACCGUCUAUCCCAGGACUGGUGACGAGGAACGAGGGGGACACCAGCGUGAACGCGCUCUCCGACUACGUCCAAGCGAUCUUCGAUACGAUGAAGAGCGCCGAGGAGGGGACGAACACGGCCACGAACACGGAGAGCACGGACGAAAUCACCACCACCGUCCUUCCUCCUUCGAACACCUUGCACCUCCCGGACCGCGUCGACCGAUCAAACGGGGAGAAACUGGCGAUGAAGGACGAUGACGAGGCGACCACUCGGGCGAUCUUUGAAGAGGUUGAUGGAAACGAGGCGACCGAGCCCACCGCGAAUGCCGACGCAACGACCACGAUAUCGGGACGAAUCGACGCGAUCUCGAACGACGCAGCGACGAGUUCGUCGGCCGAGAAUAAUUCGACCACGGUUCCUCCUUUGUCCGCGUCUUUGAACCCCGCUUUGUCGAGCAAUUCGACGGAAUCGAUAUUGGGCAAGGUUCUACGUACCUCGACGACCACCAAGGUCUCCCAUAUGACGGAGAUUUGCUACAGGGGCCGGUGCGUGAUGACAAGGCCAAGUCGAGAUGAUCGAUUCAGAUGAAGGGAAGAUGGUUCUUCUUCUUCUUUUUUUUUUUUUUUGAUAAAGAGGAUGGAAAAAAUUACGUCCGUCGUUCUCUUUAAUCUGAAUCGAAUUAUUUGUGUAUAUAUAUAUAGAAAUUGUAGAGUGGGCCUCGUUGAUUUAUUUAUUUUCUUGAGAUAUUUUUUUCUAACGCUUCUCCGAGAGAAAGAAAUUUUUAAGAUUUUGUAAACGAGAAUUUUGAAGUUUAAAUAAUAUAUUAAUUAUAUUAUAUUAACGCGAAUUAAGAGAUUCGAGUAAGAAGUGGAGUAAGAAAAAGAAGCAGUGUAUGGUAGUUGGGUUGACAUUGAUAAGAACGAUUAAUCAUGAUCGACGAAUUAAUCGCGAUGCUUGUUUAUGAGAAAGGUGCCAAAGGAUUUUCUCACUCCUUUGGCUCGGUUCGAAUGAGAACCAGAGGCCUACUUAAUGUUUCGAUCGGUUUAAAAUGGAGAAAAAAAAAAAAAAAAAACAAAGAAACGAUAGAAAUAAUAAGUCUAUUUAACUUAAUUUUUCUGCCAGCCGUUGGUAUACGUGUAAGUUAAGCGUUUAAGUAUUUUAAUAAAAACAAGAUAAAAGUAAAAA